CAGGAUAUUCUCAUUCCAAGAGUUCAUUACUCUCUCUCUUCACUCUAUCCACUCAUGAAUAUAAGCUCAUGUCACAAUAUGUUAUGAUAUAUCGAAAGAUCAAUCCCCGAAUCGUCUUAUCAAGCACCCAAAUCGCCUUACCCUCUUGUUUAUUGGGUUUGGCUAGAAGGUCCAAGAUCAUUUAUAUAUAAUCAUGGGAAAGUUAUUUGCAAUGCACACUUCAUCAUCAGAAAACAUGUGGAUAGGAGGAGCAAUAGUAUUGGUUAUUGUUCUCACCAUCAUAUUUUGGAAAUUCGCCUUUUAUGUAGACUUCAAAGCAAAAGCAAGAUCUUUGUUUAAAGCACAAGGUGACGAUGAUCAGAAGGACACAGGGUUAUCUUCAUUGUCUACUACUAAGAGUAUUAGGACUUAUACACUAGAUGAAAUCAAGGUGGCGACAAGGGAUUUCCGAAUUCGGAUAGGCGUUGGAGCCACAUCGUAUGUUUAUCUAGCUGAUCUUGGGGAUGGCAGGUUUGGCGCGGUGAAGAGGGUGAUGGAGGAGAGGGGUGGUUCCCAGAAGAUGUUUCUUGAUGAAGUCUCCAUCUUGCUUAGGAUUUGUCACCCUAACUUGGUUGGCUUGUUAGGUUUUUGCCUAGACAAAGGUGAACAGCUUCUUCUACUAGAAUACAUACCUAACAAGAGCCUCUAUGAUAGACUACACACCCACAAAGGCAAGUCUUCUGGAUAUCUCUCAUGGUCCAGUCGUUUAAGCAUUGCGCUAGACAUCGCCUACGCCCUGGACUACCUCCACUCAGUUGCAGACCCUCCGGUCAUUCAUAGAGAUGUCAAGUCAUCCAACAUCCUCCUCGAUAAUGACGAUCAUGCAAAACUUGCAGACUUUGGCCUAUGCAAAUUAGGACAUGAUGCUUUCACUGCUCAAACACCAACAAUCAUAAAGGGCUCCUUAGGCUAUGUUGAUACAAAUUACCUCAACACGGGUCUAGUAUCCCCUAAAAGUGAUGUAUAUAGCUUUGGUGUUUUAUUGCUUGAGCUUAUAACCGGGAUGAAGUCAUUGCAAGGCUCAAUAACGCUAGCUGAGUUGACGAAUGAUUGUCGAAAACAUCAGGAUGUGGAUGUUAUGAUGGGUAUGUUGGAUCCAAAGCUAAAUGGUCAAGUGGAUGUGGAACAACUUAGAGUUCUAGUCCAUGUCGCCAACAUGGCACUACUAGAAAACUCGAUUGCAAGACCAACUAUGGCAGAAAUCGCGUAUCAGAUAUCGAGUUGUAUGGAGCAUUCACCUGAAAGCGCUUUGCCUGUAUGAUUAGUUUGUAUAUUUGGUAGUAAGUAUAUAUUUUGUUAAAUCCUAUUAGGUAUAUGAAUAGUUUGUAUAUUUGGUAGUAAGCAUAUACAUUGUAAAAUCCUGUUAGGUACACAUAUAUACGUAGGUGCAUCACACCUACAUUAACA